UUCAUAAGAUCAAGGAAUAAAUCGACAUUUGUGUCGGCGCUGGGCUAGCGAUAAGCCGUAGCGAUCGUUUUCAAGAUAGCGCGUGUUCAUUAAUCGAGUGUGUGUGUGUGUGUUUGUAUUAUUUACAACGAUGAAGAAAAAUCAAUGGAUCACGCCGUUCAAGAAACAGUGCUUUGUGACGGCUGGGGUGUGUCUCAACAUGGCCAGCCACGGACUGGUGAUGGGUUUCUCGGCCAUCUUAGUGCCGCAACUCCAGCAGCCCGAUUCGCCGAUACCCGUUGACUACUCCACAGGAUCGUGGAUCGCUUCGAUCCCCGGCUUCGCUUUGGUCGUCGGAAACUUCAUCGUCCCCACAAUCAUGGCUAAAUACGGACGACGAACAGCAAAUCUCAUCAGCAUAGCUCCCAUGAUCACCGGCUGGUUCAAUAUAUUGCUGGCAAGAAAUGUUUCUGCCUUACUCAUCGCAAGAUUCAAUCAAGGCAUAGCUAUGGGCAUGAGCGCUUCCCUGGGACCCGUCCUAAUCGGAGAAUACACCAGCCCCAAUAAUCGAGGUGCAUUCCUGACGAGUAUCUCAUUGACGAUCGCCACAGGAGUUCUGGCGGUCCACACUAUGGGCUCGUAUUUGUCAUGGCAAACGACUGCCUUGGUUUGCGCUUUCAUUGCCUUUGUGGAUCUUCUGAUCGUGAUCUACUCACCGGAAUCGCCGAGUUGGUUGGCCGACCAAGGACGCUAUGACGAAUGCCGGAAAGUCUUCAGAUGGUUGAGAAGCGAAGAAGAGGAAGAGGAAUUGGAGAGAAUGAUAGAAGCGGCCAUAGUCGUAAGAGAGUCGAAAGCGGACGUCAAUCUUUCAGAAUCAUUCUUAAAUAAAGUCAAAAGAAACGUUUCACACUUCUGCUCAACGAUCAUGAAAAGAGAGUUUUACAGGCCUAUUUUUAUCAUGAUGCACAUUUACACGUUAGGACAAUGGGCUGGAGCUAACAUCCUAGCUGCUUAUACUGUAGACAUAUUCACGGCUGUCAUAGGAGAAGACAUAAACAUACCUUUGUUAAUAAUAACGCUGGACGCCCAGAGAAUCAUUUCGAACGCCGCAGCCAUUUUUGUCAUUAAGAAAAUUAAGAGACGGACAAUGCUGUUUUCGACUGUUACCUUAAAUUUGUUCGCUUUUAUCUCCACCGCUGCUUAUACGUAUUGUAAAGGGCGCGGUUUGUUACCUUUCGACCAUCCCGUCAUAGGUAUAGCUCUGAUACACAUCCACAUGUUCACAAUAGCGACGGGCACAGUCCCAUUACCCUUCAUUAUAGCAGGAGAAUUGUUCCCUCUGGAGUUCAGGAGUCUAGCCGGUGGUAUAAGCGUACUGUUCUUAUCAACGAAUCUAUUUAUAGCCGUUAAAACGUUUUCACUACUAUUAAAGUCCAUCGGUAUACACGGUGCGUAUCUGAUAUAUGCUGGCGUCGUAGCUUAUUGCUUGGUUAUAGCUGGCUUCUUCCUGCCAGAAACGAAAGACCGGACGCUACAAGAAAUAGAAGACGAAUUCCGCGGUAGACCGUUAACUGUUGAGGAGUUGAAAUCCACUCAGUCGUUGACCUCGUGGAAGCUAAGAAGCCAGGACAGACGUUGCAGCAGUCCUGUUGUAUAGUUGCUUAAGUAAGCGUUUGAGCUCAGAAAUCGUCUGAUCAUUAGUAAUAGCGAUAUUCAUAGCCUAUAUAUUCAAAUAUUGAUAGUAGGAUACGAAAUAAACAUUUUAAAUAUGAUAUAAAAUAUUAAAUCGUAUAUAGCCAAAACCGACAACCCAGGACAGAUCAGCCUGGCGCCGUAGAGUGAGGAGACCCGACCCCAGAUAACGGGAACAGGGACGGAUAGUAGUAGUAGUAUAUAGCUAUAUUUCGUCCGUCAAGCAUCUAGUACGAAAUAGCACAGGGAAGGGACUAGAGCUUUCGUUUUCCCGCAAUUUCUGGGACUGCUGUGUUGUGACUGCUAUCGUUGUUUUUUACUUAAAUGUCACACUUGGAGACUAGCCAACAAAAAAACUUUCUAUUCGACAAUAUACUUCUAUAAUAAAAAAAACUAGUACUAACUACUACUAGUAACUAAGUAGGUAUAGCUUAUUUGAGUAAUUCUUUAUCCAUAAUAUGCAUUUAAUUAAUUUGGAAAAAAACGCUAAAAAAUCUCGGUCCUUAACCUGUUAAAUUAUUAUGGCAAUCACAAAGUACAAUAUACCUGUCGUUAGUUAGGCUGAAUAACUAUCAUUUUCGGCGAUAUGAAGUUUUAUAUAUAAAGGUAUAUAUUUCAAACCGAACUAAUAAUUUAAUAUUAAAACAAUAAUAAAAUAAGACCACGCUAUAUUUAUAAAUAUUAUCAAAAGCAAAACAUUAACUGUCCCCUUCGCACUCAUAAGCUAGACCGCGCGAGAGAGAGAUGGGCAGAGUUUUCGUGAUGCGCAUGCAGUGCGACGUCACGCCGCGCGCUUAUUCACAAAUACUACACAACACUACACAAGCACAACGUGUGAAUGUGAUGAACGCGAGCUACAUGGUAGGCGGAGUGGGGGGGUGUUAGGUUUUAUUUUCGUUACGGAAUUUCUUGAUUCGGUCGCCACGCUCAAAGCCUGCGAUAAAAACUAUGCAAUAUAUAAAAUCAGUUGACCACAGUUUUUUCUCUCACAUCACUCACUUAAAAACAUUAAGGAUUGUUGUUUGAUGCCGGGUUUCAUUCGUCAGCUGCAUUGAAUUAGAAUGAGGAUUCACUAAUUAUCAAUUACCUAGUUACCAUAAAUACUUAUACUAAAUUUAGCAACGGGAUAUUUUCCUUUGCUGAAAUAAUAAUAAAAUAUGUUAAGUAACCAAUGUUAUUAAUUAUUAACCAAUCAAUUUUAUACUUAACCUUUGACGUUCAAAAUUAGCUUAAGACAAAAAAAACACGAAGUCUCGUUUACUAUAUUACUGUUUUUAGUCUUGCGUGAUAGACAAGGACCGCUUGAUGGAAAGCGGUCAGCUAUGCUUGUGGACAUCAGUAGUGCAAAGAGCACAGCCCAGCCGCUACCGAUCCCUUUUCCAGACCUCGCUUGGAGAGGGAUGCACAUUGAGCAGUUUGUUAAUGAACUCACUAGGAAUAUAACGAGUUAUUUAUUUGUUAUUUUUAUUUCUGACUAGCUGACCCGGCAGACUUCGUAGUGCCUCAAUCGAUAAAUAAAAGACCUAAGCUUUGGUAUAAAAUAAACUUAUUAUAAAACAAACAAAAGGAAUCUGUCCCACGGAAGACGCAUCAAAGGGAAAACAAAAUUGUUAUUUUUAUUUAAUUCCGAGCAUUUUCAUAUUUGUCUACCUUUUAAACCUUCUCUGGACUUUCACAAAUAAUUCAAGACCAAAAGUAGCCAAAUUGGUAGAGCCGUUUUCGAGUUUUAGCGAAACUAACGAACAGCAAUUCAUUUUUAUAUAUAUAAAUGAAAAGACAUUGCAAUUAAAAGACCAAGCGAGAUUUUAGCGCGCUAUGUUGGCCUAGCCUAUAUUUGCCUAGGUGACGGUCAUCAUUUAAUGAAUGACCACUUCAGGUAGAAAUACUUCACAAAGGGAUUCAGUCAUCUUUGCUUGGUAGAUCGAAAGCUUCAAAAAAUGAAAAAAAAAGAAAUGAAAAAAACAAAAAAAAAACAUGUGUGCAAUUCACACGUGUUAGAAGUGAAACCUUCAAAAAUUAAAAUACAAUUAUCCUAAAUGUCUAAGUAUAUGUAAAAUUUUGUCAUUAGUAAAUAAUUGUAAAUCAUCUUUUAUAGUAUGAGGUAGCGCCCUCUGUGAAUCGAUAUUUUAACGUCACGUAUAAUCCUAAAUUGAAAUUCAUUACAAGAGGUUUCAUACGCACGUUAGUAUUAAAAAAUCUCAUAGAUGGCGCUGUAUUAAAAAUUUUCGACACUUCCGUUGCAUACCUGCGUGACGUUACAUCUGUAAAAAUUUUACCCUCAUGCGCCUAAAGAAGUUUCACUUCAACAAAAAAAUACAUACAAUUAACUAUUUUGUUUCAUCUUAGGACUAAAGAGUUCAAAAACAUGUGAUAUUAAUUAAAUAUUUAUAAGAUAUUAUAUAUACGAUAUACAUAAAUUAUUAAUCAGUUAAUAUUUUUAAGUCCGAUAUAUUGUUAUUUGCGAAUUAAAUUCGUUAUAACAAAAAAACAAAAAAAAUAUUAUUUAUUGUAUAUACAUAAUGUACUUUUUAAUGAAAAAUAAAUAUAUUACAAGAAA